AUGACAUCCAAUAUUGUUGCCACCAUGAAGCAAGAGCGCACAAAAGAUAGGGCAGCGCUCUUUCCGUUAGAAGCGAAUCCAGACACAUUAAAUCAUUUCUUGUCCUUGAUUGGAUUUGAUGUUCAGAAGUAUCAAUUCGUUGAUGUCCUCAGCACAUCAGAUGAAGACUUGUUGAAUCUUGUCCCGCGUCCAGCUGUUGGCGUUUUGCUGGUGAAGCCAUCCAAUGCACCAAGUUCCGAUGGUACCGAUAGUAAGCCUGGUGGUGAUACUAGUGUGACGCAUGAGAAUAUAUGGCACAUCUCUCAAACGAUUGGUGGAGCCUGCGGUUCUGUUGCAGUUCUUCAUUUGAUUGCCAGUCUUCAAAAAUGCUUGGUUUCUGGACAUAUCUGCAAAUCGAACUCUUGGUUGGAACAGUUUUUAUCUAGUACUACAAGAGAUCUAGAUGAAGAAUUUCAUCGUUUGCACAAUGAGGCAGCCUGUCAUCAAACCAACCAAACGUCACAUGCGAAACUGAUACCAGGCAAACGAGUUGGGACUACGUUUGUUGCACUUGUGCCAGUUUCAGUCGGAGACGACGGCAAUCAAGGUUCUAUGAGAAUCGUAGAGCUUGAUGGGAGAAAAUCAGGACCAGUUAUACACGGGAAUACUUCUAGUUGCACCUUCCUACGGGAUUCUUGCCGAUGGAUCGAGCAGAACGUUAUGAAGUACCAACCAGAUGGAAAGUUUGCUAUUCUUGCCCUUGCUGCAAACAAGAGCGCGGAAGAAUAG